CCUGUCUGAUUGCUUCACAACAAAGUCAAAACGCAACACUCCAUAGAGACUAUGGGUCUUUGGCACGUCCCCAGUAGUAGUAGUUGUUCUCAAAGGUUUUACCACCUUUUGCUCUUUCAUGUGCACCCGUUCUGGAUCCAACUCGUGUACUUCCUCUCCAUCUCCCUCUUCGGUUUCAUGAUGCUAAAAGCCCUGCCCAUGAAAACCAGCGCGGUCCCAACACCCUCGGGCCUGGACCUGAUCUUCACGUCUGUGUCCGCGACGACAGUGUCCAGCAUGGUCGCCGUCGAGAUGGAAUCCUUCUCCAACUCCCAGCUCCUCCUCGUGACCCUCCUGAUGCUCCUCGGCGGCGAGGUGUUCACAAGCAUGCUCGGCCUCCACUUCACCUACACCAAGCUCAAGAAGAGAGAAACACAAAUACCCCAUGAUCUCGACGGUAAUAACGGAUUACCGCCGCCAUCGUCUAGCUUAGAGCUCAGAACCAUGGGAGGAGGAGCCCCAGCUGCCGUCGCCGCACUAGAACAAAUGGAGACAGGGUUCAAGAACAACCUUGAUUUCACAUCCAUUGCUAGGACUAGGAUGCUAAUGUUUGUGGUGUUGGGGUACCUCGUGGUGGUGCACCUCGCCGGCUACACGCUCAUGCUAAUCUACCUCAGCGCCGUCGCCGGCGCGAGGGAGGUGCUCAUUGGUAAGAAGAUCAACCCGAGCACCUUCUCCAUCUUCACCGUCGUCUCGACGUUCGCGAACUGCGGCUUCGUGCCGACGAACGAGGGGAUGGUGUCCUUCAAGUCCUACCCGGGCAUGCUCCUCCUGGCCAUGCCGCACGUCCUCCUCGGGAACACGCUCUUCCCCGUCUUCCUCAGGCUCUCCAUUGGAGCGCUCGAGAGGGUCACGAGGAGGCGAGACCUCGGUGAGCUGCUGGUCAGAGGAGGAGGACCUGGACCAGCUGCCGCCACUUCCACCAUAGGGUACGACCACCUGCUGCCGGCUGCGCGCACGUGGCACCUGGCGUUCACCGUAGCGGCGCUCGUGGCGGCGCAGCUGGUGCUCUUCUGCGCCAUGGAGUGGGGCUCCGACGGGCUGCGGGGGCUCACCGCGUCCCAGAAGCUCGUCGCGGCGCUGUUCAUGUCGGUCAACUCGCGGCACUCCGGAGAGAUGGCCGUCGACCUCGCCGCCGUGUCGUCCGCCGUCGUCGUGCUCUACGUGGUUAUGAUGUACCUUCUUCCUCCCCGAGCCCAAGCCACUCAGAUCGAGAGCUUCGGGCUCCUUCUCCAUGGCGAGCAAGCAAGCUUAGCGAGGUGCUGCCCGAUUUUUUUUCUUCAUUUUCGUGAGGCUUUCACCCAUCCAAAGUGUUGUAAAGGUAUCUACCACCUUACACCACAUUUUUGCCCGUGCCGGUGGAAGACCACCACCAGUAUAGGGAGGCACAGUCCGACGAGAAGAGCAAGAUCACCAGCAGCAAAAACAUUUGGCAGAAGCUGCUCAUGUCGCCUCUCUCGUGCCUCGCCAUCUUCAUCAUCGUCAUCUGCAUCACCGAGCGGCGGCAGAUCGCCCACGACCCAAUCAACUUCAGCGUCCGCAACAUCGUCGUCGAGAUCAUCAGUGCGUAUGGCAACGUGGGAUUCAGCACCGGGUACAGCUGCGGUAGGCAAGUGAAGCCCGACGGCAGCUGCAGGGACGCCUGGGUCGGCUUCUCCGGGAAGUGGAGCAGGGAAGGGAAGCUCACGCUCAUGGCCGUCAUGUUCUAUGGCAGGCUCAAGAAGUUCAGCAUGCAUGGGGGUCAGGCAUGGAAGCUGGGCUAACGGUUUUGAAAUUCUAUCACAUAUGCGCGCGCGUUGUACAUUUCUCUCUACGUCGUCCGAUCCUAGCAGCUAUAGAUCUACUGCCUGACUCCGAAGAGUGGUACUUGAACUAGGAUGGAAUCGUGGGAAUGUAUGACCAAGGAAGUCUGUCUGUAAUAUAACAUGAAAAAAUGGCUGCUAGCUUGUCUUCCCCUGAUU